UAAAGUCGGAAAUGUUCAAGUUCUGACUAGCACAUGAAUGCGGCAUAAAACACAAAUGCAUGCUACAUUGGUGGCCCGGAACGGAAAGGCUAAUGCCUCGUUAGAAAAUAACUGGGAAAUCGGAAAAAAAACGAGUUCCGAAUGGGAAAAAUCUUUUGAACGGUCAUCCAACUCGGAAUUACAAGUCGAAAACUUGGGCCUCUUUCUAGAGUUCCCACUUUCCAACCCGAAGAUCACUGACGUCAUCAUUUGACCUCUUUGAGUUCCCAAACCUGGUUGUCUUUAAAGUACCAGACGUGGCACAAUUUCGUCGAGUUUGCGAACUGUUACACUGAUUGGCAUCUACCGUGUGGAUAUGCAAUCGAUAUCUAAAUGAAACAGUUAGGUCAGUAUGAUAGGAGAUACUGAGACAACACAGAUCGAGAUGUUUUUGUCUUGAUUUAUUGCCCUUGUUGGCAAAGCUAGCUAACGUUACAGUACUGUUUGCUAACAACCAAGCUAGCUACACAUACUGUCUGCAGAAACAUUUGCCAGCUACUCAUGUCAUAUAGAGAUCUGGAGCUAGAAGAGGGAGGGUAUUUGGGAGGCAUGAGUGGUACGGUCCGUCAGAUCAGUGUGGUGUUGGACCCGAGCAUCCCCUAUUUCCUGCGGGUGGACUGGGCCGAAGACCUGGGUGCUGGGUUCACUCUCGCCCUCAGUGACGGCAGCUCGUCCUGGAUCGGAGAAGUAUCAGAGGAGGAGAUGACGAGGAAAGCCACAGAGUUGGGAGUGAAAAGGGAGAAAUAUGUGGAAGAUCUUCAUCAGGCACUGACCGGAGGAGGAGAAAGCAGAAGAGGAAGAGGAGGAGUGGCAGAAAAGGAGGAGUCCCUGUUCCACCUCUCCUCUGACCACGGUUGUCUGUCGUUUGACAAGAAGACCCAGAGAGGUGUUUUGGUGAACAUGGGUGCAGUGGAGCUGCACCCUGCCCCUGUGGAUCUCAACAGGGAGAUGAUAGCCCACACUCUGGAGCACAGCGCUGACCUGGAGGCAGAGAACAGACGGCUGCAGGAGAAGAACCAGACACUCCGGCAGGAGCGGCAGCACCUCCUUGCAGAUCUGGAGAAGCAUGUCCAGGAGAUGGAGACGAUGGAGGGAGACCUGUUCUCUCGUUUCAUCAUGCUGCUCAAUGAGAAGAAGGCCAAGAUCAGGGCCCUGCAGGACACCAUCAGACACGUCCAACAGCAGCUGGAUCAGGAGAAUCACCGGGUAACUGGGGUAACUGUCAAAUCCAAGGCUGGCGACAGCAUUAAGGAGGAGGAGGAGGAGGACCUGCCUCAGAGCUUCCACCCAUCUCAGGCACCCACCGUGCUCAUCAGAGACAUUUCAAGCCAGAUGAGCUCUAUGGAGGACGCUGUGCGUGACAGCAAAGAUGUGUUGCCCAGCCGCAAGCAUGGGCUCUGUUACCACCAGAGCCCAGAGUCAAAGGUCAAGAAGCCCUCUCCAGACCAGAAGUAAACUCACAGGAUGUCGGUGGGCGGAGCCGGGAGGGUCGUCAGCAAAAUGGGACACACCUGGGCUCGGGUGUGUCCCGGGAUGAAUACACCUCUUCCCCAUUUAUUGAGGAGACUCACUCCAUGCAGACACUGAUAUAUUUUUGUUGUGGCCAUUUUGUUUGUUUGCUUUGGCACCUUUCAACACCCCUCAUUAUCACAUUUAUGCACGCAAACACUCACUUACACUACUGAUUACUGACUACACACACCAUUUUUAAUUGUAUUUAGUUUACUUCAGUUAAUAAAUAUAUUUUGUUAUUCUUUA